AUGGCCGUAAAGGAAAAUUCAGAACCGGAAGAUUUGGAAUGGAGUACCGAAGAAGAAGUGCAAUUGCUGUAUGCAUUGGAUGGUCUGCGACCAGUUGGGAUCAAUAAACACUUUUAUAUGGCCCGAAUCUGUGAACGAAUGUCAACCGCAUUGAAACGUGACAUUGCCCCGGAAACGAUUUGGGCCCAUCUUCGCACAUGGUAUAAUUUGGAUGCACUUGAUCAAAUGGAACGUGUCCCAUUCGCCGAAGAGGAAGUGGAAUUUUCGCUGCCCGAUUCGGAGUUUAGCGUGCUGAUGAACAAAAAAUUGGCCGAAGCCGAAGAGAAGAAACCGAUAGAUAUCAAAACGGAACCAAAUACCAAAGUAAAAGCCUCAACACCACAAAGCACUAGUACCAAAACUCGGCCGCAAACGCCAAAAGAAUUGGAUAAGAAAGUAGCGAAUAAAAUUGUGGCCGAGCAGCCAAAACGAGGACAAAAACGUACACGUGGCUCCAUUUCGAAUGAAUCAAACAGUAGCCCAUCAACAACACCACCUCCAACGCUUGGAAAUAAACGGAGACGAAUCUAAAGUAAUUUCGGAUCCAUGAACGUUCAUUUAAUGAAACACACACACAGAAAGGGAGAGACAAACAAACAAACGUUCAUACAAAUUGAAUAACAAAAAGUUGAGCUUUAAUCUGAUAUGGAUAAUUGUGACUAACAAAAUGAGAAAUGAAUCUAAUGCCGAUAAAAACCGAAAUCACGAUAAACAAAAAAAAGGGCGUAAAUCAAUGAUACCAAAAUGGAAUGAAUUCCCAAAUCGCCAUCAUACGAUGACGCUAUGAUGGACACUUGAAUUUGAACGAUUUUCAUUUUAAUUUAGAGUGGGAAAUCAUUUAUCGAUUGCCAUAAUUUGUAUAGAAAUUAUUAAUUGAUUAAAUUUUUUUCCAUUUAAUUCGUUAACGUUAAGAUUAUAUUAGCAAUUGUAAAAGUUCUGUAUCGCGAGAAAGAAACAAAAGAGAAAAAAAGAAUACAAUUUGUUUGGUUUACGUAAAUACCGUGUGAAAUAGAACAAGCGCAAAAAUGUAUCGAUUCUAUGUCGAUAGAAUUUCAGAGAAGAAAAAAAUGAUGAGGAAAUUAUUGAAAGAAAUUAAAAUGCCCAAAAAUCAAAACUAAGAUUUAAUUGAUGAAAAAAAAAACAAACAGAAACAAGUAUAUGCACCCAGCGGAUAUCAUGAAUCUAUCCCGUGCUCCUUAUGAGAAAUGUAUACUAUCGGUAGCCGAUUUGAAAGAGAUAGCUAACAUACAUAUUGCCCAAGGGAAAUCAAUCAAAAACUAUCGCAAAUGAAACGAUUAAACGUGACCUUGUUUAACAAAGAUACCGCACUUUUGACUUUCCUUUCUUUCAAACAAUCGUAUUGUUAUCUAUCAUCCAGUCAUGUUCCAAAGAUCUUAAUCAGGACCAUUCUAAAAAAUAUAAACAGUCAAUGGAAUUGACGCAAAUAUCACACAGAAAAACCCAUCGUUUUCCCGUGAAUUUAUCACAAUCUACGUACUUUACCGUACUCUUGACUACGGAAAAGAAAACAAAUUAUUUAUGCAUAAGAGAAUUUUUGCACCUCAAACUGAACAGGAAAACAAAAUCCCGAAGAAUUUAUUGUUAAAAUAUUAAUGUGUUAAAGAUGCGGAAACUAAUGACGUACGACGUCAAACCGAGAAGACGAAAAAGCUGAAACAGUAUCAGAUCACAAGAAUAUUGUGUUUAUUUGCGUGCGUAUGUAGAGGCAGGUCAAGAAUUUUAUUGUUUAUGAUAAUUGAAUGUCACACCGGUUGAUUCCUGCAUCUGCGCACAUACCAAGCAUACAUACAGGAAUAUAAAUAUCACCGCGUAAAAUCAUUGAAUAAGUUGGAACAAUGAACCACGCCAUAAGGUGAUAUGAAUCGAUUCUAAAUACUGUAACCGAAAAAAAUAAAGACAACAAAACACAUUUGUAUC